GGAUGUUAAUGGAAAUCAACAUUUUCAAUCAAUACGAUCUGUUGAUUCCGAUUAUGAUUAUGAUGCAGAAGCAAGGGCGAAAAUUUCAAAAAAAGUAAAACCAAGAAAUAUUACUGCACCCAAACUUAACACACGUGUGAUACCACAUCCUAUGUUCAAAUCAUUUACUUAUGCGGAAGCUCAAGAUUAUCUACAUGAUAAGCAGACCGGUGCAUGGGUAAUUCGACCAUCAUCCAAAGGGUUUGAUUAUAUAAGUAUUACUUGGAAGCUAUACGAUAAUAUUUAUCAACAUAUUGAUGUUAUCGAAAAAGAUAAGAUUGGGGCCGCAAUUGGACGUAAACUUGAAGUUGAAAAUGGCAAAUAUAUCUUUUCUGAUUUGGAUGAACUUAUUGUCGAAUAUGUAGAAACCAAAGCUCGUAACGUUGAACAUUUAGUGUCUCACCCAAAAUUCAAGCCUACGGAGGAUUCAUUAAGGGAAUUUCUCAACAUGUCUUUAACUAUUAAACCAACACAAUCUGAAUAUGGAUUCUGUCUUGAUACUAAUACUCCUGGCUGGUUUUCAUUUAUGUUUAAAUUAAAGCCAGGAACUCAAAUUGAUACCUGGACUGGUGCUAUUAGACCAGAUGGAUAUAAAUUGAAAGAUCAAAUUUAUCCUACCGUUAUAGAUUUAAUCAACGGGUUUAAACGAAAUAUAUCAAAGAACUAUGAUUCCGAUUUAUUACUUAAACUAACAAAUAGUAGUACUGUAUAA